GAGCCGCUGGGUGGAUCCCCAAAUUAUUCGAUGCACAACUAGUUACGCGUCAGAAGAGGCAAGCAAUUUAUCCAAUACGAACCGCAGCUCGGUGGCAGCAAUAAUUAAUUCGUGCGGCUCCACGCGGCGAUAGAGCGAGCGAGAGCGAGCAAGAGAAAGGAAAGAGGGAGAGAGAGAGUGAGAGAGAGAUACAGAGCGAGAGAGUAAGAACGCAACCUCUUCACAUUAAAUCUCAUUUCCCAAUUGACAAAUUCGGAAAAAUCAAGUUCCUAUGAGGACUACAGCGAGCCGUGCAACGCCGGGAUUGAAGGUUACGGAUCGAGCAAAAGGAGGCGAUCUCCUGCGAUGAGCAUGCCGGCUAAAGGGAAGCAUCACCACUCGUCCCACCAUCACCAUCAGCAGCAUCAUCAACAACAGCAACAACAACAACAACAACAACAACAACAACAACAGCAGCAGCAGCAGCAACAUCAUCCCCCGCCGCAGCACGUCGUCAAUCAAUCCGUUGUUCAGCAUUCGCCGCAAGCCUACACGGCUGUCGUGGCGAACAAUCAACGCUUCGCACCGCAUGGAUCAGACGUCAACUUUCAUGUACCUGGGCAGAACUACGGAGGUCAACCUGGCGGUCAGGUUGGUGGGGGUGGAGGUAGCGUAGGAGUACCCGGGGGUAGAGGGCCCCCACAGAUUGGGGGUAUACAAACUAUCGGACAAUCUGCUCCCGGCAUACCGCAGGGUAGUCAAACGGGGGCGCAACAGCCUCCGCCUCAAUCCCAGACUCCCGGGGUACAGUCGCAGCAGCCUCAGGGACCACCUCCGACUACUACGCCUCCUGGUCAUACUCAGUCGCCUCAGGAAAUGGGAAAACAACCUCAUCUGCAGGCGCAACCUUUACCCUUGCAGCCUAACUUAUAUGCCACCAGUCAACCAAGACCAGCGUCGCAGGUUUACUAUUCAUCGGCAACGAGGCCGCAGGCGGCAAGGGGUAAUCACAGGGGGGGUCAGGGGGGUGGUGGUGCUCAAGUUGUUAGCAUACCAUCUGUAGGCGGGGGUGGGGGCCAGCAAACGGCCAUGUUUCCGCACCCUGCCAGUUUGCCGAUGGCACCCGGCACCCUGUACAUGCAAAGCCAAGUGCCUUUGCAUCCGUCGCACAGUGGCACCCACCAACCGCCUGUUUACUCGAUGAACAAUCCGAUGCAGCCCGUUCAGGUAGUAUUCCCUGGACCUCCGCAGAGACCUCAGGGUCACCAAAGUCAGCAGUUUUUCCAGACUUAUCCACCCACCAUCAUACAGUCGAACCUCUUUGGAUACAGUUCACCGUCGCCACAUCAUGCAUUUUAUUACCCGCAACAAGGGCCUCAGGUGAAUUUGGGCAGACCAACGGCAGGAGCGAUCAGCGGAGGAGCUCCGCACGUCGGAAGUCCUCUGCCUGGCGGCCAAGGAGCUAACGUUGUUCAACAGGGUAGCAUUCAGCAACCUUCUCAGCAACCUCAGCAAAUGCAACCUAUGGCUUUACCUUUAGUUCAAACAGAUGUGUACCAAGGCCACAAUGGUGGUGUACAAAAUCCUGGGAAUAGUGCUGCUGCUCGAAAAAAACAAAGAAGAAAGAAAGCUAUUUUGGAUAUCGUAGAUCCAAAAACAGGGAAAAAUAUAAGUGAACAAAUUUAUGAUGACGAUGCUGCAACUCAAAGUGGUGAUUCUAGUAAUCGAGCUACUCCUCAGCCACAGAAUUGCGGUAUGGAGAUGAUCGCCGACUUUGCGGCUCGUGUUGCAAAAGCCGCGAAUGAUGAAUCAGAUUCCGGCUCACCAGCCCCAUCUAGCGCGCCGGAAACCCCAACCUCGCAAAAUACCCCCCCAAUAUUACCUAAUCUCGUACAACCAAAUCCAGAGAUCGAUAAUAAUAGUCAAUGUAAUACUGGUCCCCCAACUCCGACGCAAAGUAUACCCAACGUCCCAACCCCUAGUAGUCAAUCGUUAGUUUCUUCUAAUACCACGGUUCAGAUAGAUCUGUGUCCGGUUAAACCAAAGGAACAUAAACCGUUGCAACUACCCGUCAGAGAGUUUCAACCGAGAAACGAAAUAAAAAUCCUACCCGAAGAACCCCAACCAAUCCCAGUUGUUAUCAACCAAGAAAUUAUUUCUUCACAGUUACCUGUGCCAGUUCCAAUCCCCGAACCAGAGCCACCUGUCGCCUUUGUCCCACCUCCGAGUAUCCCUGAGGCUUCGAAUAUCUCUGCAACGGUCCAGAGUUCAAGCAUAAUAGCAACGGAAGCAGUCAGUAAUACCGCAACUGCACCAAAUUCCAAUUCUGUACCUUCCAAAGAAGAGUUCCCCACACUAGAUCCCAAGAUUUCUACAAACUCUCCGGCGCGUCGCAAAUCCCACAAUCAAGGACAUAGUCAAACCGUCGCGCAUCCUGUUUCCGAAGCCUCUCCUCCAGUGCCAAAGGAACAGAAGGAAAGGAAAUUGAGUGAGAGAAACCUCAACUCUAGGGGAACGACGCCAACUCCUGUACAGAAUCAAUCUGAUCACCACCAUCCAAAACCAAAUGGCGACACGAUCAGCGAGAAGCUCGACAAGCAUGAUCCAGAACCAGUCUCUAAAACUGAUCAGCAGCAACAGCAGCCACGGCUUGUAGAUGGUAAAGCCACACAGAAGCAAAAAAAUAAGCGAAGUCAUCUUAAGAAUAGGGACCUUAUCAACCGCAAAGGUGCCGAAAAAGAGGGCACCGAGAUGGAUGCAUUUAUGACUACCGCACCAUCUGCAAAACCUGAAGCUAAACAAUCAGAGGUAGCUAAGCAAGAGACUCAGGAAUCACUGCUUCCCAAUGACUCUGGAAAAGAAUCCGCUAAGGAUAUUAAAGACGAAGAGAAUAUCGAAUCUAAAAAGGGAGCCGAGUCCAAGCUUGCUCUGAAGAUUGAACAGGCUGCGCCGGAAGCUUCUAAAGAGAAUACUCCAGUUCAAACACCAACGACGGAAAAACUGCCGUCAAUUGUUCAAAAUAACAAAGAAUCUUCAAAGGAAACUACCCCGACAAUCGAGGAUACAGGCAGAAUUGAAGAAGUCUGCAAAAUGCCUGUGAAAAUCACUGCCAAUGAUGUUGUAGAUCAUGCUGCUAUCGCCGAUGAUGCUGAAAUAGAAUCGGCUAUAGUGGCGCAGAAAAAUGAGGAAAAUGCUAAAGUUUCUGCUCUCCGUGCGCCCAGUGACGAACAGCAAGAUAGCAUUCCCAUUAUAGAGAAAGAAGACGAUAAUAAUGAAGAAACGGAUCCAAAUAAAGCCACGCCGAAAGGACCUGCUCCUCUAAAAUACAUUUACAAAGACGACCAAUGGAGCCCGCUGAACAAGAGUGGGAAGAAAGUUUACGAUCGGGACUUUUUGAUCAAGCUUCAGAAUGACCCGAAUAGUAAAAUAAAGCCACUGAAUCUACCGGAUUUAGAAGUUGUUUUGAAAGAGAACUCUAGAAAUCGUGGUGCAAUGGAUCUACGGCAAUUGAAAGAUGUAAGUCUUGGAGGCAAAUACGAUUUCCCAUUCGCCCCUUUUGGGAAACAGUCACAAAGUAUGCGAAGUUCAGUUCCUCCAAAACGAGGUAGUCAACAAGGUAAACCAAAAAAUGCCAAACCAGUUAUCCACUUGUCUUUAUCUCUGAGAGAAGACGUUAAGUUAAGAGAAACAGAAAAUGCAUGGAAACCGGGUCGAAUGAAAGGUAGCGGUGCUACUGAUAAUGUGGAAGAAGAUGCCAAAACAGAAGCACUGUACAAGAGAGUGCGAGGAGUUUUGAACAAAUUGACACCACAGAAAUUCAAUACAUUAGUCAACCAAGUCCGAGCGUUGCAAAUUGAUUCGCAAGAGAAAUUGCAAGGUGUCAUUGAUCUGGUUUUUGAAAAGGCAGUCGACGAACCUAGCUUUUCUGUAGCAUAUGCUCUCAUGUGUAAGGAACUUGCAAUGAUGCACGUCAGCAGUUCGGACAGUAAAGCAGGCAAAGAAGAAAGCAAUGUCAACUUUAGGAAACUCAUUAUAACCCGUUGUCAAAUGGAAUUUGAAAAGAAUACCGUUGAUGAAACUGUCAAAGCUGUGAAACUGAAAGAGAUCGAAGAGUGUACAGAUCCAGAAAAGAAGAAAGAGUUACAGGCGGCAUUGGACGAAGAGGAGAGGAGAAUUCGUGUCAAAUCCGUUGGUAACAUCAGGUUUAUAGGGGAACUUUUCAAACAAGGAAUGUUAACGACCAAUAUUAUGCACAGAUGUAUACGUCAUUUGCUCUCUCAGAUCGACGAAGAAAAUUUAGAAUGCUUAUGCAAGCUCCUUAGUACAAUUGGAAAAGACUUAGAAUCUAAGAGUCAGAAUCUGAGCGACUAUUUCAAACAAAUGCUGGACAUUGUUAAUCGCAAAUCAGCAGGUAAAGUCAGUUCGAGGGUUCGUUUUAUGUUGCAAGACGUAAUUGAGUUGAGGUUGAACAAAUGGGUACCAAGAAGAGACGACAGCAAUCCCAAGACGAUGGCCGAAAUUCAGAAAGAAGCUGAAACUGAACGUCUAGAUACGCAUAUGAACAACACUCCAAUGAAUACCCCAAGAAAAGACGACCGAAGCAACGACAGGAAACGGAUUCGUGGCAGUGGGCCAGCAGAGGAAGGUGGCUGGAGCCAACCGGUCAGAAGCCGUCAACAGUAUUCCGUUGAAUCAGCUAAGCUCAAAAACAAACCUCCUCCGAUGGACGAUCUCCAAUUAGGCAACAAAAAUAUGUUCCAAUGGUCCAGAAACGUUUCCGCGGGUGCUCCUAAGACUGUUACUCCGAAUAAAUUUGCAAUGUUAGAAAAUAUGCCUAGCGAACAAGACAAACGUUCUGGAAUUCCACUAUCUGGAUCAAGGUCCACUGGUCCCAGAGAUUAUGGCCGUCCGGAUUACAAAUCGUAUGAUGGUAGGAAUUCUCGAAAUGGUAGCCAACAAUUGAGUAGCAGAUCUUCGAGUCGGGAUAGUUCACUUCAUGACGGUUCACGAAGUCAAAGUAUGUCCAUGGCUCCACCUCAACCUAUUAAAUCGAUUCCCCCGCAAGCACCUACGUCUACCCCUAGUAAGCCAGUGCCGUCGAUGUCUGAGGAACAACUGGUCAAGAAAUCGGCGAAUAUUUUAGAAGAAUAUCUCUCCGAUACUAACAUUAACAAUGCAGCAAUAGAAGUUAAAGAAACAUUUGACAAUUCUACUUUUGCCAACUUUGUACGAGAGGUGCUGAAUGGAGUUGUUGAAAAAUCAGCAACUGCCAGAAAACAAGUCAGCCAGCUCAUGACACAUCUCAUCUCUAAAAAUAUUUUGCCGUUGUCUCUCUAUAUCGCUGGUCUUGGAGAAGUCUUGGACACGGCCGAGGAUCUAGUAAUUGAUAUCCCCAAAAUUUGGAUUUACUUGGCAGAAUUAAUAUGGUAUCCACUAGCGGAAGGUGUUCUUCCGUUCUCGGAACUCAAGAACACGAUGGCCCCUCUGAAAAGUAAAGGCUUAGCCGGAAAGUUGAUGGGGGAACUCAUGAUCACGUUAGUCCAAGAAAAGAGCCCAAAAUGGAUCAAGGAUAAGUGGGAUCAAUCGGGUCUAGAAUGGAGCGACUUUUUGCAAGAAAGUGAAUCUGUAAAUGAUUUCGUCAAGAAAUACAAAUUGGAGUUCAUGUUGGGAGAUAGCAUUAGUAGUUUUGGCAGCUUGAGUGGGCAGCUAAGUAUGGAGCAAAUACAUGAACGACUUCGUGCCCUCAUGGCGAAUGAAAAGGAGAAUUUGUUUGACAAUAUCUGCAGUUGGAUUUCUGCAAAUGUAGGAGAGAGAGCAAGUGAACCUCAAUUUAUCAAGAUAUUGAUGACGUCAAUUUUGGAAGUAUCUAUCGAACCGUAUAAUACUACGUGGAAAUUUAGACCAGAUAAGUUUCAAAACCUACAAAAUCUAAUUCCUCGAUAUAUCGAUGUCAACGUCGCGGUCUUGGAGUUACAGUGCCUCAUUGCGAUUCAAGAAUAUAUAAACAAAUUGGAACACCCGUCAGGUGUACUUUUGCAAAUCAUUGAAAAGCUGUGGGAAGAUAGUAUUAUUUCGUACGAUGCAUUCCUUGCAUGGGAGAGCAACAAAGACCCGACGACACUAGCGGGAAAAUCAGUUGCCAUAAUGGCUUUAACGUCGUUCUUUACAUCCUUGAAAGAGGCGGACGACGAAUCCAGCGGUGACGAGGCGUGAGGAUAAGUUCGACGUUGACGGUCUCAGUUAUCAUCGCUCAAGCGUAACAUCGCGUUACGUUUGGGCUUUCAAACCCUUGUGCGCACGGUUUACUACUUUGUGCUUGAACGUAAAAUGGAUCUUCAAACAAAUUGUGAAGAGACUAAAAAUGUGCUCGUAAAGACGGAACGUGAAAAGCAAAAUUGCAGUUUUUUUGAAAUCCAGAACGAUGCGACAAAAAAAAUUCAUGAUAUAAACAAUCAAACGGUGGUUGUGCCGCGAGGUGUAUGUAUUAUAUUCUAGAACAACAGAAGUAAGGUAAAAUAAAGAAGAAAGUCGUAUUUGAUAUACGCUAUACAUAACGAAGAUGAAAGAUUAAUAAUUAAUUAUGAUGAAGGAGUAAAUGCAAGAUAAUUAUUAUAUAUAAUUAAUUGAAAUGGUUUAAAGUUUAAAUAAAGUAAAAAAAAAAAAAAAAUCACAAAAAAAUGAAAAAAAUUAAAAACAAAAACAUAUAUAUAUAUAUAUCAACAAUGCGCGAAGACGAUGUCGUGUUUCUAUGUAAUAUUAAUAUAUGUCGCCGACGAUAAAUGAUCAUACUUCGAAAUGCGAACGCGAAAAAAAAUGUAGUUAUUUCUAAUUAUGCAACGCCACAAUAGCAACUUGAAUGCUUGCUACGUAAUGUAGGUAACAAAUUCAAAUUACAAAUGCGUAUAAUAAAUGAACAAAUAACUCGAGAUAUAGAAUUCGGGUGGAAAUUCAAUUAAAAAAAAAAAAAAAUUAUUUCUUUGCAUAAAAAAUCGCAUAUGAAAAAAAUUUCAUAAUGAAGUCUGAGACGAGCGAUGGUUCUUCCUAUUAUUGUAAUGAAUAUAACAGAAUUAAUAAUUUAUAAUUGCGCAUAGGGUCUAUUAUGGUAAAUUGUAAGAAAGACAUUCAUAAAUUUCAAUGUGAAGUCGAACGUAAGAUUUGUAACUUAGGAUCUUGAUUUUUAGGAAGGGGAGAUUUCUAAUGGUGUGCAUACUAAGGCGCUA